AUGCACCUGCUGAAAGUCCCGACGUUACCCCUGGCGAUUCCGGGGCACAUGCCGACAUAUCGACAGUUGUACCUAUCCCACUACUGGCUCCACACCACCCUGACUAAAUUGUCGUUCGACAGUAAAGCCAAAACGGAUCUUCUCCGACUGAAAUGGGAAAAGGGAAGGGAUUUUAAUUUCCCUACAAGGUGUCAAAGGGCAAAGUACUUUGCUUUACUUGCAGAUGAGACGACAGACAAAUCCACAGUUACCCAGCUUUGUGAGUGUGUCUGCUACAUUGACAUUAAGCCAGAGGGUGCAGAGGUAGUGGAGCAGUUUCUGGGCUUCGUCCAUGCCAAGAGCCUAAAAGGAGUGGAGAUAUGCAACCUCCUUGUGACAUUUUUACAGGAUCGAGUUAUCGACAUUGGCAAGAUGAGGGCACAGGGAUAUGAUGGGGUGAGUAAUAUGUCAGGUCGGCACAAUGGGGUACAGGCACUAAUGAAGCAGCAUGCCCCUGAUGCCACAUACAUACAUUGUAAAGCGCACUGCCUAAACCUUGCUGUAGUCCAUUCAUGUAAGGAACCCUGUGUCCGAACAAUGAUGGCGACAGUACAGGAGAUUGGCUUUGCAUUCCAUUACUCUGCCAAACGUAUGGAGGCAUUUCUGGACGAACUGUCAGGAAACCUUGAGGUGCAGGUCAACCAGGAGAGAAAAAUAAAAUUGGUCAAGCUGUUCGAAACGCGAUGGACUGCAAGAGCUGAUGCACUGACCACAUUCAAAAACGCCCUGCCAGUGGUCGUUGACGCGUUGGAGUUCCUCCGUGGACAAAACAACGAUAAGGCCGGAAUCCACCUUAACUCCAUGCUUAGGUUUGAUUUCCUCAUUGGGCUCUAUUUGUGCGAGCACAUUCUGAAAACCGUCGUACACCUGUCGAUCUUCCUCCAGAGCGUGUCAUGUGACAUGUGGUCCGCCAUGGAAGAAUGUCGUGUCGUGGUGGCAACACUACGGGCAGAGCGUAACAACGAUAUUGUCUUGGCUGGGAUCUCUGACGAGACGACCAGGAUCAGCCGCCUCUACGGCAUAGAACCGUCCAUCCCACGACGCGUCGGACGCCAGCAAAAUCGAAACAACGUGCCUGCUGCUAAUCCAUCAGAAUACUGGCGAAGGUCACUAUAUUAUAUCUUCAUAGAUCAUAUAAUCAUGGAGAUUGAAGACCGACUUCUCGGGGAAGAGUCAAGAUUUAGGGCCCUCCAACUGCUUCCGGCAAAGACGGGAGAACUCGAUGAUCCCGCUCUUGUUGCCAUUCACCAAUCCUUCCAGAGCGAUGUGCCAAACGAUACUGCGGACUUCAGGAGUGAGGUUGACAGGUGGAAAACACGUUGGCGUAUAGCAGAGGAUAAGCCGCAAACCCUAGUGGAUACCUUCAAUCGGACCAGCCCUAACCUCUAUCCGUCAAUUCACAACACCCUGUUAAUUCUCCUGACCAUGCCCGUCUCCACAGCGACAGCCAAGAGGUCUUUCAGUGUCCUUCGGCGAAUAAAAACGUAUCUAAGAUCAGCAACACGCCAGGACCGUUUGUCAUCAUUGGCCGUACUACAUGUGCACAGGGAAACGCAUGUGAACAUUUAG